AUGCUUGCUAGACAAAUGAGCCUACUUCUAUACUUAAUUCUUCUUCCGGCUGGAUGCUGCCAAGUCAUUCCCUACAGCUUCGAGUAUUUGGACUCAUACAAAUGUAAUUUUCUGGGCAUUCACUCCGAAGUACAACUGCCAUCACAUCUGCGAUCUGCAGAAAUGUUUGUCUUAUUGGACAUCACCAGGAAGCAGCAGGAGUUGGCCGUGUUUGACAGCACGAGCAUCAGAGAUUAUAACUUUGCAGUACACGUGUCUAGUCCAAUCCAACAGGAUGAGAAACUUCCUUCAAUGUUGACGACACUGGAGAAUGCUCUGGCUGAAGACGCCUUCAGUGAUUCUGUUGUUGAGCAGUGCCUUGUUAGUAUUAAAGCUGAAUGGAUGAAGUGA